AUGAUUGAAGCAUUGAGGCGCCGGAAUUCAGUCUCCCUUCAUGUAGAUGAUGAAAACUUUUUAAAAUUCAAAAGAAGAAAUUCUUACGUUGGUCUUCUCAAAGACACAGAAGGCGAAGACUCAUUGAGUAGCAAAAAUUCGUUCAAACUUAUAAGAAUGAUUUUAGGGCUAAAGCCCUCAGAGCGGACUCCUGAAAUGAUUGAAAAAGUUUAUCAUUGGACGAAAAGCCUAAAAUUUUUCCAAAAAUUAAGAGAAGAAAAUUCAGAGGAAACCCAUAUAGCUUGUUGCAAUUAGUAAAAAAAAUAAAAAAUUAUUUUAAUAAUUUUUUCUGGGAAAUGUCGUUAAUUAUUGUUUGAAAGCUAAAAUAAGGGCUUUUUUAAAAAUGAUUUUUUUUAAUUGCAAUUAUCUCCAAUAUGAGUUUCAUCAUAUAGAAUCAUUCGUUAUAAGGCAAGGCGAUAUAGGGACGAAAUUUUAUAUUAUUUUAGAUGGAAAAGUUAGUGUAAUUAGAGAAAAUGAAGGCGAAAAAUGCACUGAAAUGACGGAACUUGGACCUGGAGAAGCAUUUGGAGAACGAGCACUAAUGCUUGGAGUUCCUAGAGCUUGUAGUGUAAAAUGCAUCACAAACUGCAGCCUAGGUGUAUUAGAGAUCAGUGACUAUAAAAAAAUACUUGAAUCAUUUAUGGAAGAAAAAUAUAGCUCAUUAAUAGCUAUGCUUACUCCCCCUACAUGAGUGAACAAAAGAGUCUUGUUCGCUCAUGGAGGGGGGUUAUUUUUUUUUUUAAAAAAAUAUAUAUAAAUUUUAUCGAAAAAAUCCCACUUCGCAAAAAUUGGAAAAGCAAAUAUUAAUUUAAUCUGUAAAAUUUAUGUUUUAAAGUGCGAUUUGUUUAAAAUUAAACAGAAUUAUAUCGAGAUUUCAUUAUACUAAUUAUCACUUAUAUAUCAACAUUUUUUCUAUAAAAAAUUUUUGUUAGUUCACGGAGGGUGAGUUUUUGGUCAAAAAAUAGGGAUUUUUCUAAUGGUUUGUUCGCUCACGGAGGAGAGGGGAGUUAGAGAAUUGCCAAUGUUUAAAAACAGAUCCAGCCAUUAUUUACAAAGGCUGACUUAUCAUUUUAAACCUCGAAAAUUCCAAAAGAAGCAGUGCGUUUAUAAAGAAGGAGAUCCUGCUAAUGAAGUAUUUUUAAUACAGCAAGGGGAAUUUAAUUUAUCAAAAAAACUAAAAAUUUCUUUACAAUCCUCAAAAGCUUUCCCAAAAACUUCAAAUUUAAAAAAUAAACAAAUUUCUAGAGACGCGCCAAUUGUAUUGCUCGGAAAAGGCUGCAUGUUUGGAGAAGAAGAAAUUUUGUCAGAGCUCGAUAAUAGAUCGACCUCAUGUUUUUGCGCAUCUGACGAAGGAUUUGUUUUAGCCAUCAGCAAAGAAAAUUUUCAGAAAAAUAUUUUAAAAAGUGAAGAAGCUGCUGAAUUUUUGAAAAAAAGAACUGAAAAUAAGCUUGCUUCAAGGCAGGCUACAAUCGACCAAAACGUGUAUUUGCAGAAAUUAAAAUCAGGGAUUAUCCCUAUUAAAGCUGAUGAAACUCCUCCACCGCUUCCUCCAAUAAAACAAUUACCGCCUCCAUUAACGAUAAAUACAAAUAAGCCACAACUGUUAAAGCUUCCAAUGACUCCAAGAGGUUCUUCUCUAUUAACUCCAAUUAACGACCUAUCUGGAAGCGAAAGUCCAUGCAAAUAUCCAGAUGAAAAAGGCUCUCUUUCACCGGCAAAAAGUUUUCGGCUUGAAAUUCCUCCUCUUUUUACCUCUUCUAAUACGCCAAUGACGCCAAGCAUAAUUUCUGACUCAAAGAAUCCAAGCCUUUCUCCGCCAAAGCUAGAAAAAAGUGAAUCAAUGCCGAUAUUUAGUCAUACUCCUAGAAAAUCAAUUAUACCUCCAAUUGAAGACUAUAUAAAUUGUCCCAAAAAAAAGCAAGAAAGACUGUUUAAAAUUAAAGAAAUUGUAAAUAUCCAUACCCAUAUGAUGAAAGUAAGUAGUCUUAAAAAAGAAUCAUUGAAAGGAUUUAUAAGGACUGAUCGUGGAAAAAUGCUGACCUCGCCGGUUUUGCUGGAUGAUAAAGAGUGUGAAUCUCCUAUGAAGAUUGAAAGAAGUAAAAUAUCAAGGAAAUCUUCUGUGCUUUAA